AUGGUCAAAGUUGCAAUUAUUACAUAUUCUACAUACGGCCACAUAACCACCCUAGCAAGAUCCAUCCAAAAGGGUGUUGAAUCUGCUGGUGGUAAAGCUGACCUUUUCAGAGUAGAAGAAACAUUACCAGAUGAAGUCCUUGAACAAAUGAACGCUCCAGCAAAACCAGAUGAUAUCCCCGUAGCUACAGAACAAAUCAUGGGAGAAUAUGAUGCAUUCUUAUUCGGUGUCCCAACUAGAUUCGGUACAAUGCCUGCUCAAUGGUCAUCAUUUUGGGAUAAAACUGGUGCCAUGUGGGCUCAAGGUACUUUAAAUGGUAAAGUGGCAGGUUUCUUCGUUAGUACUUCUGGUUAUGGGGGUGGUCAAGAAAGUACCGUUAAGAAUUGUCUUUCUUAUUUGGUUCAUCAUGGGAUCAUUUACGUACCAUUAGGGUAUAGAGAUGUAUUUGCUGAAUUAUCAAACGUUGAAGAAGUUCAUGGUGGGUCCCCAUGGGGGGCUGGUACUUUGGCAGGUGCUGAUGGUUCUAGACAAGCUUCUGAAUUGGAAUUAAGAAUCGCUGAAAUUCAAGGUAAAACUUUUUAUGAAGCUGCAAAGAAAUUCCCUUCAUCUGUCGGUACUGCAGAUGCAAAGGCUAAAACUACGAAUAAGGGUGCCGCUGAAAAGAAACCAGUUGAAAAGAAGACUACAACUACCGCUAAGAGAACUACAGCAGCUCCAGCAGCUAAGACUGAAGAAAAGAAAGAGGAAAAGAAAGAUGAAGGUUUAAUGUCUUGUUGUGUGGUGAUGUAA